UUGCCUUGGUUACGAACUCGCUCACCGUGUUGUAACCGUCUCUCGGGCCUGCUGGGGCAUCGGUGCUUCGCAUAGAGAAAGGGAGAGAGGGGCCCAAAUAAAGUGACGUAUUGCUCAGUCUUCUUGCUAUGUGAAGAAGCGUGUUAGAAUGGGGGAUAUUUUGGCUUACGAAGCAGAUAUUCUUGGACUAGUGAAAGAGUUCUUGAACUUUGGUGAGUUCCAGGAGACACUGGAGUGCUUUUCUAAGGAGUGCAAAUUAAAAGGGAAACCUCUGCCCAGAAGCUCCAGGUCUUCUUUGAGGGAUUCGAAAACCUUGUUAAUUCAGAAGGAUCUAAUCACUGCCUUUGAGGAUGGGGACAGGAAAGUCUUCUUUGACCAAUGGGAGGGGCAUAUCCCGGCUGAUAUGCGGAUCAAUGAUCCUCUUGCCCAGAAGCUGGAGUUUUAUCUGCACAUCCACUUUGCCAUAUUUCCAUUGAAGCACAGCGUAGGCCGGAUGGAUCGUGCUGACUGCGAGGACAGAAUAUCUCACUUCAAAACAUACCUCGAAACUAGUGGAGCUGCUCUGAGCCAGACCACAGAAUUUCUACCAUUUUAUGCCUUGCCUUUCGUGCCCAAUCCAGCUGCUCAUCCCUCUUUCAAGGAACUUUUUCAGGAAUCAUGGGAACCUGAACUGAAAAAAAGACUGGAAAAGUUCCUAUCUCUGUCUCUGAAAGCUGCUGCUACUCCCCGUCUCCUGGAAUUAUAUAGAGAUAGCACCCAAAACAGUCGCGAGUCACAUCAGCAUUUACAGCAGCAGCUGAUGGAGUCUGAGCGCAGGACCAUCACCUACAUGAAACGCUUCAACAAGAUGCAGGCCGACUACCACAAUCUCAUAGGCGUUACUGCUGAGCUUGUGGAUUCCCUCGAGGCUACGAUAAAUGGAAAGCUGAUCACGCCGGAGUACCUGCAGAAUGUCUGUGUGCGUCUGUUCAAUAGCCAGAUGAGGCAGAGCGCAACCAACAGCAUUGACUUCACCAGGCCAGGAACAGGAUGUUACUAUGUGAGCCCGUGUCUCGAGGAAGAUGCCUCUUCCAUGCUCAGAGCGUCUAUAGCACCCAUUAAACUGCAGGAGAUUCCUUUAUUACCUUCGUUGGAUUAUGAGAAGCUGAAGAAAGACCUGGUGUUUGGAAAUGAUCGUCUGAAAGCCUUUAUCCUUCAAGCCUUGCGUUGGCGCUUUACACGUUCCCAACCUGGAGAGCAAAGAGACACUGUUCUUCAGGCUUAUAUUAGCAAUGACCUACUGGCCUGUCAUAAUAAUGAGCAGAAAAACGUUCUGAAACUUCUCCAUUCUAGUAAUGAGGUCGUCAGGCAAUAUACAGCGCGUCUGAUCAAUGCAUUUGCAUCUUUGUCUGAAGGCCGGGUUUAUCUCUCCCAGAAUCCUCGCCUGCUUCAUACCCUUGAGGAAACCCUGAAGUCGGAAGAAAAGGAUUCAGUCUCAAGAGAGAAUGUUCUGGGUGCUCUACAAAAACUUAGCCUCAGGCGCUCUAUGCAGUCUGCCAUGAUCCAGGAUGGCCUCAUCUUCUGGCUGGUGCAGGAGUUAGAAGACACGGACCAACUUUCAGACUACACUGUGGAGUAUUCUGUAGCACUGCUCAUGAACCUCUGUCUUCGGAGUGCAGGAAAGAAAAUGUGUGCCAAAGCUGCAAGCCAUGUGCUAAGAGUUCUGUCUGACUUGCUUGGCCAUGAGAAUCAUGAGAUUCGCCCCUAUGUGAACGGAGCUCUGUACAGCAUCCUUUCUGUGCCCCCCAUACGUGAAGAAUCCAGAGCCAUGGGAAUGCAGGAAGUUCUGAGAUGUUUCUUUAAAGAAGGGAACGCAGAUAUGAAUCGCCAGCUUGAGUUCAUCAUACGGCAACUUAACUCAGAAGAGAAGCUUGAUGAAGUAGCAGAGUCUGACGAUGAAGAUGAGGCAGAGGAUGAUGAGGAGGACCAAGAUAUCCUGGAAGCUGAUCUAGACAAAGAUGAAGUUAUUCAGCCUCAGGCUGGGGAGCUGGCUGGAGAAAAGCUCUUGACUACAGAAUACCUGGGGAUUAUGACGCAUACACUAAAGGCAAAGAAGAGAAUGUUUCCUAACAUCUUGCAGAGCAUUGAUGAACCGUUACAGAGACCUGUAACUCCCGGCACUCAGCGCGCCGUGCAUACAAUGCCAGAGAACACUGUCCUAUCUUCACGCACCUCAAGCUGUGUGAGAAUCAGCAAAAUGUCUUCCUUUUCCAACUCAAGGCCACCCACUCGCAGUGGUAGUCGCUCUAGCACUGCGGAUUACUGUGUCUCAUCAGCGUCCAUGGAUUCAGAGUCGUCUCAGCUCUUUGCUCCAGCCAGUCGGUCAGACCAGCAUGGAGCGCUAUCUCCUCCUUCACCUCGUAUGCUGGACUUGGCCAUGGAGAAAACCAAUGGACACAGCAGCCGUAGCAGAACGUGGCAGCCUCUUAGUCCCGAAACGCAAACUACAAGCCCUCGCAAAGCCAAGACCCCAACCAUUGCUCCCCAGUUUUCUCAGUCUGGCCCACAGCAAACAAGCCGUCCCAGCUCUGCGGGAUCCUCCACCCGAAGCCGACAAAGCAGCCAGUCAUAUAGAAAAUGAGAACAAGUCCUCUUCUUGGAAUUGCCUGUCUUGGAAGCCUAUUGCAAUUAGAGCCGGUGUUUUCUAUGGACCAGUUAACUAAACCAAAGUCCCUGUCACCUUCAUUCUAAGCCCAGCCUAACAUGAUAUGUUAUU